UCCGGGAGAAAGAACACAAAGGACAAGCCGUACUGCCACUUUGUUCGUUUUCCUGGUCGAUUCUGGACUCCGUUGUGCGUGUGAAGCAGAAACGUGACGUCACGCCGGUUUGGGGCUUCUUCGGCCAAUCAGCGGUCGCCUCUCCGGCCAAUCAUCGGCCGCCUCUGUCAACCUAGGAAGCAGCUGGCAAUCGUUUGUUGUACUUUAUUUAGCUAAAAACGGUUUAUUAGCAGUUCGUUGGUGAUCGUAUGAUAAACAGCAGGUUGUGAAGCCGCUUUCGUUGAGCAGCUGCACGCCGUUCCGGCCCGCCCAUCGGUGCGGUCAUGCUGCCAGCGUCACGCCGCUAGCCCGAGGACACAGCUACCGCCACUAGGGCGGCGACACAGCGAUGGUGGGCUAUGACCCGGAUAACCAGCGCAAGGUCUUGCCACCAGAGAAGGCGGCCUUAGCGGGGUCGCUGUCCGGCAUGGUGACCCGAGCCAUGAUCAGCCCCCUGGAUGUCAUCAAAAUCAGGUUUCAGCUUCAGAUCGAGAAGCUCUCGUCCCAGAGUAAGCAGGGGAAGUACUGGGGCCUGUGGCAGGCGUCAUGCCGCAUCCUGUCAGAAGAGGGCACCACCGCCUUCUGGAAGGGUCAUGUCCCUGCCCAGCUGCUGUCGAUCUGCUACGGGGCUGUCCAGUUUACCAGCUUCGAGCUCCUGACAGAGCUGGUGCAUAACGGCACCACCUACCACAGCCAGAUGCCAGCAGUGCACUUCGUGUGCGGGGGUCUGUCAGCCUGCUGCGCCACCGUGGCCUGCCAGCCGCUGGACACUCUGCGGACGCGCUUCGCCGCUCAGGGGGAGCCGCGGGUGUAUCGCAGUCUCCGGCAUGCGACGUCCACCAUGUACCGCAAGGGGGGCGUCCUGACUUUCUACCGCGGCCUGGCACCAACUGUGGUGGCCAUCUUCCCCUACGCCGGCCUUCAGUUCUUCUUCUACAACAUCCUGAAGGACAUCCUGUUGGUUCAGUCCAAAGAAGCCAACCCUACAGGUAGCUUCCGGAAAUUGCUGUGUGGAAGCUGUGCUGGUAUCAUCAGUAAGACCAUCACAUAUCCCUUUGACCUCAUCAAGAAGAGGCUGCAAGUCGGGGGCUUUGAAGAGGCCAGGGCCCCGUUUGGACAGGUUCGCUCUUACCAGGGAUUGGUGGACUGCAUGGUGCGGAUCGCCCGCGAGGAGGGUCCUCAGGGGUUUUUUAAGGGGCUCUCCCCCAGCUUAGUAAAAGCUGCACUAUCUACUGGAUUCACAUUCUUCUGGUAUGAGCUUUUCUGUGGCCUCUUGAGCAACCAGAAUGGGAAGCAAUGAAGUGUUGGAUUCUGGGAUAUGGGGGGGGGUGGUAGUGGGAAUAGGAAAGGGGCAGAACACUAACCUUUGGAAAGGAGGAGGGGCCUGAAUCAGGCACUCAAGAUGGACAAACCCAUGAGAGCAAUUCUCACUCCUGUCCAUCCAGUUCUAUGGGUCAAACUAUGGCAGCUUGACAGCCAGUUUACAUGCAACAGGAUGGAAUUAUGUUACGCCUGCAUCAGCAGUCUAGUGCAGGCUAGUCCUGGAAAGACGCACAACGCUUUGUACGUAGUUUACGUCUCUUCUAUCUUGUACCUUUCGGCCAGCAGGUGGGGCUGUUUUUCAGUGCAGGGCUCCUCAUGUUUUAACCAAAAUUCCUCCAUGUGGAGACUCGAUCUCUGACGCUACGGCAGAAUAUCCAGGAAGUAUGUAGCGUCUUACCAUGAACACGCGAGGCAGCUAAGUGAAAUCUCACUGAGCGAAUAUUUAAAUGUUGCAUAGGGUAUGCCUUGCUUUUUAUGCUCUGUGGCAACUUUAGAGAUGACAUACUUUUCCAAAUCUCUUUUCACAGCAUUUAUAUAUCUGCAAACUAUGAUUUGGAAGUAGGAAAGCAUGUAUUAUAUAAUCUGAUUUAUUUUUUAAUUUUCUCCUUAGAAUGUUUUAUCGAUGGUGGGGUUUUUAGACGAGACACUUGCCAGUUAAAUAUGGCUUGUGGGAAUAACUGAUGUCGUACUUGGCUAUUACUCAGAAACCAUUACUGGUUAGUGCUAAAGAUACAUUGCACGGCAAUUAACAGAGAAACCCUCCACAUUAAAGCCUUGAUUUAAAAAAAGGUUUAAACAGGUUUCACUUGAUAUAUAAUAAUAGAGCUGCUAUGAAAAUAGCUUAUCCUGAGAAAUCUACAGCAUAUCAGCCACAUUUAUUACUCUCUAUGUUAAAUGUAUUUACAGUGUGGUUGGGGAUUAAAUGUAACUGCAUAUAGAAAUCUGGAAAGUUUGGAUUUUUUUUUUUGAUUUACAAGUCAAAUGUAGGACAUUUACUCCAUGAAAUAAUCACGAUAAAGGCGACAUCGUCUGACCGAAUGUAUCUAAUUUUAAAUUUACUCCUGUCAGGGAUUUAGCUUCAGGUUUUAUUUUACAAAAUUAUAAUAAUCACUAUUUUUAUUUACAACUUAAUGCAGCAGUAGGUGGAUUUGACAGUGCAGAGGUUGGAUAUAAUGAAAACUAAUUUAAUGUUGGUAAAACAUAAUUUGCUGGUCAUUUGGUAUCUAAGAUUAUUAUGACUUAUGAUUUAAAAUAUUUAGUUUAAAGGUCCAGUGUAAUCUGGUUUUGUAAGGAUGCUGAUAAUUGUCUUAUACAGUACUGUGCAAAAGUCUUAGGCAGUAAAAGGAAGCUAUUUUUCUGGAUACUAAAAAAACACACAAUUUAACAUUCUAACCUAAUUAUAACCUGAAAAUUAAAAGUAACACAACAAAAAGUAACAAGAGCAACUUCUUUUUUCCAAGAGGUUACUGACAUCUAUAGAUGGACACGGCUUCAGUUCCCAAACCUCUCCUCAGGGGCACCUCAGCCACUCCAUGCAUUUAAGAUUCACAACCUGCUCUGUAAAUUAAGUAUCUAAAUUGCUGUUUAAAAGUCAGCGAAGUGUGCUUGUGGUUCAGUCAAAAAAUACUUUGGUGUAUUUGGCCACAAACACUGGGGUGACUAGGAGAGAAAUGGCUAAGCUGAUGCACUUUGGCAGACAAAUUUUUACACGAACAUGAAGAUAAUUUAUACAUAGCCUAAUUUGACUUCCUAAGACUUCUGCACAGUACCGUACUUCACCAAAGAAUAUAACAGAAGGAUAUUGUAACCUUUUAACAACCAGUAAUGCCCCAAAUGGCAAACUCUAUGUUUUAUAAAGUGACGACCUGACAAUUUAUCGAGUUUACACUUUUAUUUCUUUGUUACCUUUUACGGAGUGAACUCGACUUGGUCUUAAAUUUAAAACUUAAAGGCCUUAAGUAGUGUGCAGCACUAUACGGCCUUAACGCCACUAUGUUACGCGUGUGUUGCUGUGAAUGGUGCAUUGUUUUAUUUAAGAAUAUCUGGAGUACCUUGAUUUUUUUCUGGUGUAUAAUCCAACAAGGAGAAGAUGGGAGUGUUGGCACUGAAAUGUCGUGUUUUGUGUGAUAUGUUCAUUAAAAAUGUAUUUUAUUGAA